AUGAUAGCAACUACCGAUGGUAACUAUGAUAGCAACUACCUAUGGUGCAGUUCCAGGCCAAAGCAGGACUCUGCGCGCGUCUGGCAGUCUAGAGAAGACAAGCUGGAUUCGGACGAGAGGAGGGAGGAGGGGCCUGGGGCGUUCGUCCUCAGACACCGCGGGCAUGCCGCCUCCGUCUCCCAUGACGACCACCCACCAAUCAACCCCCAUGAGCGGGAAGAAGACACACCCACUGGCCAGAGUGAACUCAUCAGCCAGCGACCUGUACAGAAUGGGAGUGCGUCUGAGAAGACGAAGGGUUCGCUGGAGGGAGAGGAGGAGAAGAGAGGAGAGGAGGAGCAGAGGGGAGAGGAGGAGCAGAGAGGAGAGGAGGAGAGGAGCGCAGAUGAAGGCUUCAUGGGCAUGACUCCUCUACUGCAAGCACACCACGCCAUGGAGAGGAUGGAGGAGUUCGUACACAAGAUGUGGGAGGGACGAUGGCGUGUCAUUCCCCACGACGUGCUCCCUGAUUGGCUGAAGGAUAAUGACUACCUGCUCCACGGGCACCGCCCCCCCAUGCCUUCCUUCAGAGCCUGCUUCAAGAGCAUCUUCAGGAUCCACACGGAGACCGGCAACAUCUGGACACACCUGCUAGGCUGUCUGUUCUUCCUGGGUCUGGGGAUCGUGUACAUGUUCCGGCCCAACAUGUCGUUCGUGGCGCCGCUGCAGGAGAAGGUUGCCAUAGGGAUGUUCUUCCUGGGCGCCAUCCUGUGCCUCUCCUUCAGCUGGCUGUUCCACACCGUCUACUGCCACUCAGAGGGGGUGUCCCGCGUCUUCUCAAAGUUGGACUACUCGGGCAUUGCGUUCCUGAUCGUGGGCUCGUUCGUGCCGUGGCUCUACUACUCGUUCUACUGCUCGCCACAGCCCUGCUUCAUCUACCUGCUCGUCGUCUGCAUCCUCGGCAUCUCUGCCAUCAUCGUCUCCCAGUGCGACUUCUUCGCCACGCCACAGUACCGAGGCGUCCGGGCAGGUGUGUUUGUGGGGCUGGGGCUGAGUGGAGUGGUCCCCACACUGCACUUUGUGAUCUCGGAGGGGUUGCUCCGGGCGACCACCAUGGGCCAGAUGGGUUGGCUGCUGCUGAUGGCUGCUCUGUACAUCACCGGCGCCUGCCUCUACGCCGCACGCAUCCCCGAGAGGUUCUUCCCUGGCAAGUGUGACAUCUGGUUCCACUCCCAUCAGCUGUUCCACAUCCUGGUGCUGGCGGGGGCGUUUGUCCAUUUCCACGGCGUCUCCAACCUGCAGGAGUUCCGCUAUACGGCUGGGGGCGGCUGUGCUGAGUACGAAGGUCCUCUGUGACCACACCAACCACACACACACACACACACACUCACAUUCUCACACACACACUCUCACACUCACACACUCUCUCACACACACACACACACACACACUCUCACACACACACACACACACACACUCUCACAAACACACAGCAGGGUGGUGGUCUCAGUUCAGAUGCCCUGCUGUUCCCCCUCCUGCCAGCGGGGGGCACUGCUGAACUGGCUUGUUGGCUGUUUUUUGUGUUUUUCCUUUUCUCUUUCCCGGACUUCCUUCUGGUCCAUAAUAAAGAUGCAUAAUUUGGGGUUGCCAUGGCGACAGCGGGUGGGCGUGCCCAGGUGUGUUUCUAUGGCGACAACGGGCGGCUGUGCCAAGGUGUGUUUCUAUGGCGACUGGUGUGUCCUGUGUAGGUUUUCAAUGCUCACAAAAACGAGCAUCGAAGACUAGCAGGAGGAAAGCUUUACUGGACGAGCAUCGAAGACUAGCAGACUAGCAGGAGGAAAGCUUUACUGGACGAGCAUCGAAGACUAGCAGGAGGAAAGCUUUACUGGACGAGCAUCGAAGACUAGCAGGAGGAAAGCUUUACUGGACGAGCAUCGAAGACUAGCAGGAGGAAAGCUUUACUGGACUUUUAUAGAAGAAGGACAAAAAAAAACGACAAAGAACAAAAAUGUUGUAAGGUUUUAAAAAUGUGGGAAGGUUUUGCUUUGUUCUGUCCCAAGGCGUGUGGGGAUGAUUUUAAACUCUUUUGACUGUAUAUAAGAUUUCUACAUUUUGGGCUCUUUAGAUUUCUAUGAAAUAUAUAUAUUUAAAAAGACAAAAAAAAACCUAUGCUCUAAACUGUUAAGUGAGAUCGGUGUGGAUGAGACGACAAUAACAGUGGACCUCUUAGGUUUGGAGUGGCUUGGAUCACGCGCACGCUGACAAGUCCAUAUACACCCACACACACACACGCUCACGCAUCCAUACAUCCAUACACACACACACACGCUCACAUCCAUACACACACACACACACACACACACGCAUUCAUACAUCCAUACACACACACACGCUCACACAUCCAUACAUCUAUACACACACGCGCUCACACAUCCAUACGUGCACGUAUGCAAGAUCACAGGUCCAUAAACACACACACACACACACACACACACACACACACACACACCCUCAUAUGCGCGCACACACACACUCGUUACAUGCAACCUUUAACCUUGUAAUAAGUAACAGGUAAUCAAAGAUGUCUGUGUGUGUGUAAAGCAGCUCGUUUGGGUAGCAGUGAGCUCUAGUGUGUUAGUGUGUUAGUGUGUUCUUGAUGAGUUUUGACUGACGUCUGUAGUGAGUGUUUCUCCCGCAGCUCAGAACUGACACACACACACGCGUACACAGCAUCGUAUCUCAUCGCUUGCUUUGGAUUGGUCCACAUAUAUUUUUUCUAUUUGCCAUCUGUUAUGUGAUUUAAGAAAGCUAUGGAUUUGUUAUUCUUUUCUUCUUGUUGAACUUUGCAGAUUUGCAGAAGUGUUGAUUUGUGUGGCUCUGUUCUGAUGUGAGGGGGAGAGGGGGAAAGGUGUUGUAACUGUACCACGCCAGUAGGGGUCAGCAUUUCCCCAGCUGGCGGUGGACUGACUGGACAUCAGUAUGGCACACACACUCUCAGGUGGCACUGCCAGUGUGCUCGCGCUCACACACACACACCCUCUCUCCCUCUAGCGUCUCAAGACCUGAGGGGGUUGUUCUCUGCGCCCCAGUUCUUUAGCGUCAACCCCCCCCAUACCUCCAUCUCCUCCAUAUGCCCCCAUCCUCUCCAUACCCCCCCUCCCCCCUCCAAAAAAGACAAAUCUCAGGGCACUCAAGGGGGACCAUCCGCUUGUCUUUUAAACAGGAACCUUCUCCAGAACCUAACCACUUCCUCCAGAACCCCAACCUCCUCCAGAACCUAAUGACCUCCUCCAGAACCAAACCCCAACCUACUCCAGAACCUAACGUCACCCCGCCCCACCCCACCCCACCUCAGUUCUGAUGAAAUCCCAACCUAACCUCCCCUCUACCCACAAUCUCAUGGAGGGUUGGACAGACUCAUCCAAACUGUUACGUUUGUUGAUUUGUUUGCUUGUUUUUUUUUUUAUUAUUAUGAUAUUAUUAUUAUUAUUAUUAUUAUUAUUAUAAUACUAUUAUUGUUAUUAAUAAUAAUUUAUUUAUCAUGCCUUUGGAAAUUGCAUCGUGUUGAAAGCACACCAAGUUCUGAAAGAGUGAGUGAUUGCAAUAGACCUUUCUGUCUGCUGUAUUCUAAUAAAAAGUUGUUGAUUC